ACAAAGCCAACACUUGCAUUGCAUUCCUUCAGUCCUCGACAAAGCCAGAUCAAUCAUGGAAGCUGUGUCAACUUUUGUGGUCUCUCACUUUCUCUUUUUGCUAAUUUGCGCACAUCCUGUGGAACGGAACAUCAGGAGAGUGUACGAAAAUGUGGAGGAUUCAACCGGCAGCCAGUCAAAUGAUUUUUCUGACCUCCAUUCGGCCAAAGCACAAGAAAACUGCUCUGCUGACAGUGAGUCUAUGUGUGACAUAAAAUCACUUGCUGCAAUAGGAACGGGGGCAAGAGUCUUACAACCAUCAAAUAAGGACAAUAAAAUUACCUUGAGCAUGCUCUCUUCUAAGGGAGAACCAACAAAUGCAAACAGACAUCAAGAGUUGGACAAGAGCACUAAACAGAAACAUCCGAGUGCUUUUAAAGAGCCAGUGUGUCGACUGCAAAGUGAUGAGCAAAGCAUUAAUUACCUCGAAGUGAUCGGUGCCACGACUGGAUAUGAACGCAGUUUCAUUGAAGAUAUGGUUCUGUACAAUGACAGCCAUGUGGCCCAGUUUGGGAUCUGUUCUGCUGCAAAUCAAAAACAAAGCACUAUGCUCCUUCUUAGAAAUUUUGCAUUUCAUAUAAAAGCUGGUGCAGAACUGGUGAAGCUGAUGGUACUGCAUCUUUCUGAAGUAAACUGGAAAGGAUACAAUCUGCAGCUCCAGUUUAAGAUGGCAUUGGAAAGGGACCUGCUUCAGCUGAUAGAGGAAUCAGAGAUGUGUCUGCUGGUGUUUUAUCUUGGCCGAAGCCAAGGUUAUAUCUUUGAAAAUGAAAGAGGAUUCAGAUUCAAUGAAGUUCAUUUGGAGGAAUAUCAGACUGUCUGCAUUAACGAAGAGACAAAGUAUGUUGUUCUGAGAAUUAGAGGAGUUGCUGGAAAAUGUGAAGAGGGGCAGCUAUGCAUUGACGUAUCCCUAAAGAUCAGACAUCGUUCAAAUGGUGCUUUAAUGGAGAAGGAAGAGCUCCAGCAAAUGCUGUUUGGCUUGGAUGAAAAGCGCUUCACACGGAUGACUCCAGCCUUGUUUUUUCUCAUCAAAGAGCUGAAGAACAAACUGAUGGAGCCGUCCUGCACCUCUGCUCAGGAAGUACAGCCACUGUCGGCCAUCAAUGAAGAACCUUCCAAAGUGGUUAAAAGAGCAGAGAGUGAUUAUUUGGAAACAUUGGACCUUCCAUUUCAUUCGUCAUCCUCAAGCCAAGGGUCUCCACGUGAGUUCUUACGACAACUGAAUCGAUUUUUGAAUGUGGUGUUAGAUUACUCCACUGACCAAAGUUCCAGAUCUGUGCUUCACCUUGACAAAGAAACCAUUGAAAGCCUUCCCCAUCACUCACUGAAUAUUUCAAAUGCCUACGUCUUGGAGCUGCUGGUUCAGUCAGAAGAGCCUUUGGUAUUCUUAUUGCCAGAGAAUGCUGAACACUUCUUGGAGCAAAUAAUAGAACACGGAAAUGUUGGGGAAACUGAGGAAAAGAUCCAGCACCUUUUCCUCACCAAGUUGAAGAACACAAUCAGAAAAGUAUUGGAAAUUCCAAUUUUUCAGAAUGAGAAAGUUCUAAAAAAGCUAAUUCAUCUUCUGAAUGAGUGCAACUACCCCUUUCCACUUCCGGAGUUCCCUCAGGUUCACAUCUCACCUCAGGAUGACCAAAAGAAGAUAAAUCGCAGGCGAAAGACCUAUUAUACCUUCUUGUUACUGAAGACAUUACAAACAGUGAAGACAUUUUGGGACAAGAGACAAAAACUUUUUAGGCAAAACAGGAGUGCAACCAAUCGGUCAGUCUGCAAACUGGAAGAGCUCAGCAUUGACUUUGAGCGUUUGUCAUAUGACUGGAUUUUGGUGCCGAAAUUGUACAAUAUACAUAAUUGUGUUGGGUCCUGCAGGAUUCCUUUAACGGGGAAUGUAUCUAACCAUGUUGUCUUACUUAUUAAGAUGCAGGAGCAAGGGCUUCCCACAAAACGAGUGCCGUGUUGUGUUCCAGUGGAGUACUCUGAACUGCUCUUGGCUGUUGUCAAUGACCAAAGCAGCAUGAUUACUGUGUACAAGAACAUGGUGGCAGAGGAGUGUAAGUGCAGAUGACCCAGGCAUGUUGGCAGUUUUGUGAGUCAAAAUAUUAUCAGAAAAGACCGACGUAUAACUUCAUAAUGAACAUUUAUGGUGACAUUUUUCUCAGCUCAGCUCUGUAUUUUCUUACAAUACGUCAUAUGUUAGCUUGAUCAUAUUUUCUAACAGUCCAAUUUGGAUCUUGAUUUACUUGAUCUGUUUUCAAAUGGGUCAGAGAUGGAAAAUUCAAAUAUUUCAUAAAUCCUCAAUGAAAAUUGGUGACAUGGAUUUUGAAGUUAGGAUAGCUGCCUGUCAUUUGGUUUUGAUUUUUUUUUCAAAAUUUAGAUCUAUAUUCUCUUUAGAAAGUAGGCUAAACAAUUUGUUAAAAGCAACAAACCAGUGGAAUUUUUUUAAUUACUGCUAGAUCCAUAAUCAAACCAAGACAAUGAUGAUCUGAAUUUCACAACUGGUCCUCAAAACCAAUCAAUUUAUUCCCAUUUGCUGAAAGGCAGGAAAGUACAUUAAUAGUGGCAGGCCUGAUGUCUCAGUUCCAGAGAAAGUUUGCUGGAGGUGUGUGUGUGUGUGUGUGUGUGUGUGUGUGUGUGUGUGUGUGUGUGUGUGUGUGUGUGUGUGUGUGUGUGUGUGUGUGUGUGUGUGUGUGUGUGUGUGUGUGUGUUUGUAUGUAUAUCUAAAUCACACACAAUAGUGCUUCACAGAAUACCCUAAUAAAUUGAUGUUGGAAACCCACAAAAGUCUAAGGGAAGCAUUACCCGAUAAAAACAAAAUCCUUAACGUUGGACUGAACUCAAUUGCCUGGCUAGAAAGAAGGCCGCAGUUGGUGCAGCCUUGCAUGCAACCCAUGAAGAAGUAACUCCAUGCAAUGGAUUGGAAUAUAUAAUGAUGCUAUAACUGAAAAUACAGACUAAAAAUCAGCUAUGGGCUAAUACAUUUUAUGUACCUGUAUAUCGUGUAACCUUUCUAUAACUUAAUGGCUUAUAUGGAAGUUCUUGAACAACCAACUCUAAAUUAAGUAUUCAUAUUAAUUAGCUUUAUUUUCUGAACUAGUCCCUAUAUCUUCUUCUCAUAAGCUGUUAUUUAAGAGAAUGCUUUUGAAUCGAUGUUUCGUUGUUCAAUUGUAUCUUUGAAGUGGAAUUAAGGUGGAAAGCUAUAAAUCAAGUUUGUGGUUUUGUCAGUACCUUAAUGGGAAGGCAGAUAGCUCUUAGAGGCCACCCACUGUCAGGAGAGGAAGUGUUCCUCUUUGAUACUCUCCAGUAAUCAUCUCAGGACCAGUAACUGCAGCAGGUCGAAACAUGACUCAAAAGAGGAAAACAAUCAUUGUUUAAGGCAGGGAAAAGUUUCUUAAAUAUUUCACAGAAAAUAAUAUGACUUUCUGCCAAUGAAACUGGAAAGGCUCUUGUCCUCGUUGUUAUAUUUGUUUUGUAUUUGGCAUCAUUAUCCAAUAAUUAAUAAUAAAACUUUACUUAUAU